AUAAUGUCUAAAUUCAAUGAUACUUGUAGGUUGGGUUCAUUGAUGCUGUUUGUAUUAGUUUUGCGCUUUUGCUUAUCCAGUAGUUUGAGUCAAUUGUGGUGUGACAAUGAGUGCCAACUUUGUAUAAAUUGCAAAAUUCAUCAGAUAUUGUUUGUUUGUUUGUUUGUUCUGAGCUGAAAACCAGUGUGUGCUGCUGCAAAAGGAAUUGUCUUUCUCCCAAAGAGAAAACACUUGUGUAAUUAUCUAUGGUUCAAAGAUUAUCUUUUUCACUAUGCAAAUGAAAUCAGAAAGAUACUGAGUUUGUUGAGAGAUUUGUGAUAAGUUUGAAAUACAAUCACAGAAGUUUUUCUUAUGGGUAUUCGUAAGAGAUAUUAAUGUUGAUGAUAAGUAGUAUGUUAAGAGUUCCAUGUUAGGUUAUCUGAUGAGAUGCUGCCCAAGGAAUUUGAGCCUAUUCCCACUUGUAAGAAUAAAGGGUGGUAAGCAAAGGCGUAGCCAGGAUUUCAGGUAAGGGGGUUCAAUAUUCAAAGAAAACUAAGUCGAUGGGGGUUCAACACCUACUAUAACCUCAUAAAAAAUAAUUUUAAUCAUGUAUAAAUAGUAUAUUUUUCCGUCGAGGGGGGGGUUUGGUUUCGGACGAACCCCCUAAAGACGGCUGGCUCCGCCACCUUGCUUCAGUAUAAGCUGAAGUUCCAAUCUUUAUAAGCAUGUUUAACGUUGUCAAUCUGAUACACCUCUUUUUAUGCAUAUAUAAUGUUGUAUAUCUCACACUCCUAGUAGUUUGAGUUAGUAGUUUGAGUUCGUUGAUGUUCUCAGAUUGGUUAUUUCUAGUUCAUGGGUGCAAUCUAGUAUUUUAAGCUAUGUGAUGUGUUGUUAAUAACUGUAGGAGAAAAAAUUUUCAAGUCUGGAUUCCAGACGAUACCAUCAAUAUAAGUCUAUUUGGCUUAUCCCCGGUGACAAGGUUUACCCAAGAUGUUAUUAGUUAGAACUUUGAGUUAUUAGUUAAGUACAGAAAGAGUGAAGAUUGAUUUGGUAGCUGUUAUUAGUUAGAACUUUGAGUUAAAUCUAAAAUAUCGGGAUUUAUGUAAUUCUUGUUCGUUCACUGUAUGGUCCAAAUUGAUCCUGACAAAAAUAUAUAAGUGAUAUAUAUCUCUUAUCAACUGAUCUGUGCCCCGUCAUUGUUGGGUUUGAGUGGUGUAAAGAAUCUCUGAUACAGUAAAAAUGGAAGCAUUUAUUUGCAUUGUCAUACAGGAAACAGUUACUAUUUCUCAACCCUAGUCGACAUUUCAUUCUUCACUAGCAGCAUAACGGUACCCCAUAGCUCCAUUUGACCUGCAAGAGGAUCAAAGAUAUCAGCAACCUCAUAUAUAUGGAGCUCCAUUUAUUGAAUAUUUUGUUAACUUCAAAAGAGAUGGUUUCAACUUUCGCUUGUAUUACCACCUAAUCUAUGAUUUUCUAUAUCCCUCUUGUUUGUAUACAGUACUAAUAUUUGGGGUUGUCAAAUUGAGAUUUAAAAAUGAGUCAAAGUCAUGAGUAAUUAAGAUAAAGAUAUUAGAGAAAUUGAUCACCCCUGCACCAAAUAAGUCCAUGACAAUAAAAAAAAAUAGAAUACCUAAUUAACUAUUGUGGUUCCUAUCAGAAUUGGUAGAUACAUUUGACGAAAUGGUUUAACGGAUGAAAAAUAAUAAGCAGAAGGUGAAAAGUUAUUUUCACUUUUAGUAUAAAAUGAUGAUAUGAUAAUAUGAUAUGUCUGUUGUAGCUUUCGCUGAUAUGACAAACUUGUAAAGACUAUAGCAUUAACAGUUCAUUAUAUAUCUCAUGAAUUUUGAUUUUGGAAUAACACAAAGCACAACUUUCUUUCUUGAUUACCAACUUUCAUGCAAAAUGGGAUACAGGCACCUCUUGUUCCUAGCAUCUUUCUUUCUAAAUCGACUUGUUGUUUCCUCAUUGUCAAUAUGCCCUAGAGAUCAAAGCCUUGCCCUUGCAAAAUUCAACCGGUCUUUUGGUGUUGAUGCCUCGUUUUCACCUUCUUUUUGCGGCCAGCGGUCUUAUCCAAAAAUGAACUCAUGGAACAUGAACAGAGAUUGUUGCUCGUGGGAUGGAGUGAUAUGUGAUGAGACGAGUGGCCGUGUGAUUGAGCUCGACCUCAGUUUCAGCCAACUUGUUGGGGUGAUUGAUUAUAAUAGCAUCCUAUUCCAGCUGUCUCAUCUCCAGAGGCUCAACCUUCUUUCAAUAACCUCUAUGGUUCUCUCAUCUCGCCUGAAUUUGGCAAGUUCUCGAGCUUGAAGCAUCUUGAUCUUUUCAGAUCAUCUUUCUCAGGUGAAAUUUCCUACUGAAAUCUCUCAUCUCUCCAAGUUACAGUCUCUUUUGUUAUACGACAAUGAACUCAGACUCAAAGCUCACGAUUUCAAGAUGCUCCUUCAGAAUUUAACCGAAUUAAGAGAGCUUCAUCUUUCUGGCGUAAACAUCUCAUCCACCAUUCCUUUCAAUUUCUCUUCUCAUUUAACAACUAAGGCUGAGAGAUACGGGAUUGUAUGGGAUAAUACAUGAUAGUAUUUUUCACCUGCCCAACCUGGAAACACUUGACUUAGCAAAUUAUUAUCUCAGUGGUUAUUUUCCAAAGACCAAAUGGAACAGCAGUGCAUCCCUUAAGGAGUUGAUUCUCUAUGCAGUGAAUUUUUCUGGUGACUUUCUGCCCGAUUCUAAGUAAGCUCAGUUGGAGAGUGGUUCUUAUGGGAUGUGGCUGUGGACUAUUUAUUGGAUUCUCCAUAUCAUAUUUCAUGUUUUCUUCUCGAAACCCAAAUUGGCUUUCUUGGAUCUCUGAAGAUUUAGAAUACAGAAUCAUUAUGAGAAGUCGAAAGAAGCAGCGAGAUCAAACACAUUGCAGAAGAAGAAGAAAUAAUGGCAUCUAGACAAGUUCGCCUUCACACAAGAUGCAUGCAGUGACUCAUGAGAUGUAAAUGGACAAAGAGUGUGUCUAGCUGAAUUAUCAAGAAUUGCAAUGGCUAUGUGAAUUGUGAGUUGACUUGAGAUGUCACUUUCCAAAAGACUUGUACAUCUGAAUUGGGCAAAACAUUCUGAUCAUCUUUUUUUUAGCCCAUAAUUAACUGCUAUGUAUCAGAAUAUAUAUUCACUUAAAUAAUGUCUAACAUAUCAAAAUGAAAGUACUACCUCAUUGUAGUUUUCAUUUUAUAUUUCCAUGUAUAGAUUUGUGUAUUCACAUAAUAUAUCUCAUUAGUUUAGAAUUGACACUUUCUUCCCUUUAAAGAUGCUUAUAUUAACAAUUGAUGACUAAAUCAAAGUGGACACAUCAACUUGAAAAGAGUUAUCUAAUUAUCUAAUUCUUUAUUGCAGCAAUAUAAUUAUUAGCUUUCAUUUGAUGUUUCCACUGGAAGACUUGUGUAUUGACUUUGAAUAUUUAAAAUGUCCAUUAAAACAGAUACAUUAAAUAUAGAAAUAGGAAGUAGCAAGUUGCCUCAAAUCCAGAGUGAUUAAAGUAGGGAACAUAGUCAUUAAGAAAAAACAUCAACUUGAAAAGGUUCAUCCUUUGUAGUCAACAAGUCCAUCAAAUUUGCUUAAUAAGAAUCAUAUAAACUUUCUCUAUUGCAAAAUGGGCUACGGGCGCUUGUUGUUGCUACUAUUAGCAUCUUUCUUUCUCCGUCAUGAGUUUGCUUUUUCUUUUUCUUCGUUGGCACCUCAAUCAUGCCCCGAAGAUCAAAGUCUUGCCCUUAUAGAAUUCAACAAGACCCUCGUUGUAAAUGCCUCACUCGCAACUCUUAACUGUCAAUUCUAUGAGGCGCAGAAAGCUUAUCCAAGAACAAGUUCAUGGGUUAUGAGCAAAGACUGUUGCUCGUGGGAUGGAGUAAUAUGCGAUGAGAUGACCGGCCAUGUCAUCGAGCUUAACCUCAGCUGCAGCCAGCUUGUAGGGAACAUUGACACAAACAGCAGCCUAUUCCAACUCACUUAUCUCCAAAGGCUUGACCUUUCUGGGAACGACUUCUCUAAUUCACAGAUUUCACCUAAUUUUGGUAGGUUUACGAGCUUGACGCAUCUUGAUCUUUCCCACUCAUCUUUCUCUGGUCAAAUUCCUUCUGAAAUCUCUCAUCUUUCCAAAUUACAGUCUCUUGGUCUUUCUGGUGACUUUGCUUUAUUUUUUGAUGAUGAGCUAGGACUCCCACCUCACGAUUUUAAAUUGAUCCUUCAGAAUUUGACUCAACUAAGAGAGCUUGAUCUUAGAUAUGUGAACAUCUUUUCCUCCAUUCCUCUAAAUUUUUCGUCUCAUUUAACGACUCUGAAGCUAGGAGGUACAGGAUUGAAUGGGAUAAUACCUGAGAGUAUUUUUCACCUGCCCAACUUGCAAGUUCUUAACUUAGAAGGCAAUAAUGCCCUCAGUGGUAAUUUUUCGAAGACCAAAUGGAACAGCAGCAGAUCUCUCGUGGACUUAUCUCUCAGUGCAGUGAAUUUUUCUGGUGACUUUCUGCCCUAUUCUCUUGUCUAUGUAACUUCAUUGCAGUUCUUGGUGCUUUACUCUUGCAAUCUCUUGGGGCCGAUUCCAAAAUCUCUUUGGAAUCUCACCCAUCUGGAGUAUUUGGACCUACGGAAUAACCAUCUUGAAGGUGCUACGUUUCCUCCGUUUACAAAUGGACUGCAGAAUCUGAACACACUUUGGCUAUCAAAUAACUCCCUGAAUGGAGAAAUUCCAUCAUAGAUAUUCUCCCUGCCAUUACUGAGUGACCUACUCUUGGAUGAUAAUCACUUUUCAGGACAACUUGAGGAUUUCAGGUACAGUUCAGCACUACUACAUAUUGAUAUAAGCAAUAAUCAGUUGAAAGGAUAUCUUCCAAAAUCAAUUCAGAACCUUGUGAACGUCGCCCAUAUUGAUUUAGUACACAACCAGUUGCAAGGUCCUCUUCCCAAGUCACUUCAGAACCUUGUAAAUCUAACGUGGCUUGAUCUUUCAUCCAACAAUUUUAAUGGCAGUGUAGAUGUCAGCGUCUUUUCAAACCUCAAAAACCUUAACUAUCUUAGUCUUUCGUAUAAUAGUAUUUCUCUGACCAAUGAGAACGAAGUCAGGUCUACCCUGCCCCAGUCUCUUGAAUACUUAUUUUUGUCCGCUUGUGAAGUACGCGAAUUGGAUAUUUUGAGAUCAGCAACGAUUCUUUAUUACUUGGAUCUUUCAAACAACAAGAUUCAAGGAAGAAUUCCUGAUUGGGUAUUGCCUAAUUGGACACAUUCCAUGUCAAAUCUUAAUCUGUCCUACAACAUGUUGACAAGUAUUGGCCCCAUUCCUCGUAUUCCUCUAAAUACUAUUGAUUUACGGUCCAAUAAUCUUCAAGGGUCACUACCUAAUCUAUUGCCCACUCUACAAUACCUAUUCAUAUCAAACAAUAAUCUAAAGGGAGAGAUCCCUCUUUCUUUUUGCAAUUUGACAUCAUUAAAAGUUCUAGAUUUGGCAAGAAAUAAUUUGAAAGGAGCAUUUCCACAAUGUCUGAGUACCAUGACUUACCUUGAGGUUUUGGAUGUGCAACACAACAGUCUUUCUGGAGAUCUCCUAACAACUUUUAUCUUUGGAAGCGGACUCAAAAGCUUCAACUUGCACGGCAAUAUGGUAGAGGGGAAAAUUCCAAGAUCCUUGGCCAAUUGCAUGCAGUUGGAAGCUCUUGAUUUAGGAAACAAUUACCAAAAUGACACGUUCCCUAUGUGGUUAGGGACCCUUUCAAAUCUUCAAGUUUUAAGCUUGAGAUCCAAUAAACUGCAUGGAGCCGUUAGAACUUCAACUAGUUUGAAAUUGUUUCCUCAGCUUUGGAUGUUAGAUCUCUCUUGCAAUGCAUUUACAGCAGAAUUGCCGACAAGUCUUUUCAGAAAUCUGAAAGCAAUGAGGAGAAUUGAUCAGACAAUGAAGGUACCAGUUGAUAGAACACAAAGAUAUUACCAAGACUCGGUAACUGUUGUAACAAAGGGAUUGGAGCUUAAAGUUGUGGGUAUCUUGUCUUUGUACACCACUAUGGAUCUUUCAAGUAACAAGUUUGAAGGGCAUAUUCCUAGUAUGAUGGGAGAUCUCAUCGCGCUGCGCGUGUUGAAUUUAUCUCACAAUGGGUUGCAGGGUCCUAUACCGCCAUCACUUGGAAAGUUAUCUGUAGUCGAAUCAUUGGACCUUUCAUCCAACAAGCUUUCAGGAGAGAUACCAAAACAACUUGCUUCUCUCACAUCUCUUGCAGUUUUAAAUCUCUCCCGCAAUCAUCUUGAAGGAUGCAUUCCAAAAGGACCUCAAUUUGAUACAUUUGAGAACAAUUCAUAUGAAGGUAAUGAUGGAUUGCGCGGAUUCCCAGUUUCAGGAGGUUGUGGAAGUCACCAGAUACCAGAGACAAACAACACAACAUUUGUUCCUGAUGAAGAAAGUGAUUUGACAUUUCUAAGUGAGCUCAGUUGGAAAGUCGUUCUUAUGGGAUAUGGUUGUGGAUUGAUUAUUGGAUUCUCCAUAUCAUAUUUCAUGCUUUCUUCUCGAAAGCCAAAUUGGCUUUCUAGGGUAGCUGAAGAUCUCGAAUACAGAAUUAUUAUGAGAAGUUGAAAGAAGCAGCGAGAUCAAAUGCAUUACAGAAGAAGAAGAAGAAGAAAUAAUGGCAUCUAGACAAGUUCGCCUUCACACAAGAUGUAAUGUCAAAGCCUUCAGGUAUAUGUUUAUAUUGAGCUUGCUCUAUACUGAUUCUUUUUUAGUUUAUCAUAAUCUAUAUAGCUUGGCCUUUUCAAAAUUUCAUGGGGUGCAUAUUGGAUCCUUCAAAACAAGUGCAUUUUUUGGCUGAUCCGACAUGGGUUCGAGAACAUUUUUGGAGAUUCCGAGCAACUUAACUCAUUAUGGUAUAUAUUAUAUCUUCAUUUAAAUAUUUGAAUAAGAGCCUUGGAGUAGCUAGUAAAGUUGUUGCCAUGUGACCAGGAGAUCACUUGUACAAGCCUUGGAAACAGCCCUUUGCAGAAAUGUAAGGUGAGGCUGCGUACAAUAGUUCCUUGUUGUCGGGCCCUUCCCCAGACCCUGCGCAUAGCGGGAGCUUAGUGCACCGGACUGCCCUUCAUUUAAAUAUUUCUAUUUUUAUUAGAUAAGUGAAUGAUUUCGUGAAAUGUAUACAGUGCUAUUCCUAUCUACUCUUAGGGAGAAACCUGAAGAGAAAAAAAAAGGAAAAUAUAAAUAAUCAGGUCAUAAUGUAUGCUUAGCCAUUGAGAAUCAUUUUUAACUACUACAGAAAAAUAUGUUCAGUCAUCUUUCCAGUAGGAAAAGCUCAGUGAUCAAACGAUUAUUAUAAAUCCAACUUGUGUUAUUAUGAGUUGAAAUUCCAAUGAGCUUUUCCAUGUUAUGUAAAAGAAAAUAAUGUUUGAAACAAUUAAUCAUUCACUGUCAAUGACUAUAAAUGUGUGAGAAUUGAGAUAAUUGUUCUGUAUCUAACUCUUUCCUUUCAACCUUUUGUGAAGUUAUGGAAAUGGACAUGGACAAAGAAUGUGUCUGGCUGAAAUAUCAGGAACUGGAAUGGCCGCGUGAAUUGUUUUUUGCUUUUGUGACUGAGUAUAGAGUUGUGUGUGCCUGUGUUGUCUGUAGUGGUUUUUUUUUUUCGAAAAAUAGCUGACGAGGGGUAAUGACCUUUGUUAGUUUGGGGGCUUGUCUUGUCAAAUUUCAUCGCUGUUAUAGCAGAUUCCUUGCCUAAUAAUAAAGUGCAGAUACCUAAAGUUACCUGGUUGU